AUGGCUUCACGACGUCAACUUAAUGAAGAGGAAAUUCUGGAAGCUUUGGAAAGAGAUUCCGAUAUAGAAGAAGAUUAUGAAAAUGAUGCCGAGGAUGCGGUUGAGUGUGUGGUUGAAAAGAUACGCCCUGCAGAGUCGAUAGUUAUAGCCCGUAAUGACACAGGAGUCGAAAACGCGACAGAAGUUGAGGACGAUAUUGAAGAUAUCGAAGAUUUUGAAGAAUUGGAGCUGCCGGAAAUUUCUGAGGAAGCGAUUGCUGGUGUGGCUGCCGAAUGGCUGAAUUCUAGCGAUAUUUUGCGAGAAAAUGCAAUUUCUCCUGAAGAAACUCCAGUCAUUCAAUGCACAAAAAAGAAAGAGAUAAAGUGGAAGACCAGGAUGGCACGUACAUUCAAAUCAGAUAAGAUACAGUUUACAGCACCGCCAGCGGAUGGAAACACUACAGAAAGGACACCGUAUUCCUUCUUCGUAAAAUAUUUGGAUGACGAGUUUUUUGUGAAAGCAGCAUAUUAUACAAAUAUAUAUGCUACUCAGAAAGGAGACUUAAAUUUUAAACCAUGCACCGCUGAUGAAAUUCGUGUACUUAUAGCUCAACAUAUUAUGAUGAGCUGCUUCAAGCUGCCACGCGUUCGAAUGUACUAUGAUCGCCGUUGGAACUUGACGUUUUUUUCAAAUAGCAUGACGUCUAACCGGUUCUUUUCCUUGAGAAACCGUCUACAUUUAACUGACAUUUCUGCUCGUCCAAGUGGUUGUAAGGAUCGCUUAUUCAAAGUUCGUCCCAUAAUUGAGCAAGUUCGCCAUAGGCUGCAGGAAUUACCAUUAGAAGAGAAUCUUUGUGUGGAUGAGCAAAUCAUUCCAUUCAAGGGAAAAUUCAUGGCAAAGCAAUAUAUCAAAGGAAAGCCUUGUCCAUGGGGAAUCAAAGUAUACUUUUUAUGUGGAAAAAGUGGCAUGCCCUACGAUUUUAUUGUUUACCAGGGUUCCACUACACCUCUAGAUGACAUUGUAGUCAAGACUGUUGGAAGCGGUUCAGCGAUUCUGGAACUGUUCGUUCCAAUCGCUUUGCAAAUCCACCCUUGCCCGACAAGAAUAUGGUAUGACAACAAAGUGGUAAACUUGGCUUCAAACUUCGUGGGAAUUGGUACAGCGGACAAAGCUCGACGGUGGGAUAAGGACUCACAAGGUUAUAUUGAAGUGUUUCGUCCUGAAGUAGUACGACUUUAUAACGAAAGCAUGGGUGGUGUAGACUUAUUGGAUCAAAUGAUCCAAUAUUACCGAAUAAAUAUACGCACCAAAAAAUGGACUAUUCGUAUUAUUAUGCACUUUAUAGACCUAGCAAUAACUGCAUCAUGGAUGGAAUACCGCAAGCACUGUCAGGAGAAUAAGAUAACUAAGAUUUUGGACUCACUGAACUUUCGUGCUGAAGUUGCUAAUUGUAUGUUAAAUGUAAAAACAUCUAAUUUACAAUCGGACAUAGAAACUACACGUCGCCGAGGAAGGCCAUCGCGAAUGGUGGCUUCACUUUCGCUACAAUCUACUCCUAAAUCGCACGUCCAAAACUUGCCGGAAUCACCAAAUCUUUCUUGUUGCAGUUCCCAGGCUCCUAACGAUUCAAAUACAGAAAAUACGUCCACCCCACCGCAAAAACGUAAGAGAACGGUUCAAAUUCAUCCCCCAGAGGAAGUGCGUAAGGACACUGUAAUGCACAUUCCACAUUUUGUUGCAUCGAAAAAUAAUGGGCGUUGUAAAAUGCCUGGAUGUACGAAAAAAUCGUAUAUUAUAUGCCAGAAAUGCAACGUUUACUUGUGCGUGAAACGCGAUAGUAACUGCUUUGCCUUAUAUCACGAAAAGUAA